AUGGCGACUGAUUAUCCGGAAUUCAGAGACAAUCGACUCCAACGCGUUGUUACAAAACGCUAUGAGGAGAUUAUUUCGAAUCUGGAGGAGUUGCAGAACAUGAGGACACCGUGGCCAUUCUAUUUGGAUACCGAGGGAGGAUAUCAAAAUUUUCCAAAUGGAACAAAUGUGGCACUCAUCAGUAUAUAUAAUGCAAGAGAUCAUGAAGUUUUAUUACUGAGAGUGCAUGAGUUGUCCCGGGACGAGUUCGGAGAAGUGAAAAGAAUAAUAAAUUCAAUGGCGAGAAGAUUCGUGACAUUUGGCAACGAGGAUGAUGUGAUUGUUGGACCAUUGGCUAACAUGCAAUUGGAGUAUGGGAAUGACGGUCGGCUCAGACAACCGCGCACACUACGUGCCCACGCAGAAGAUAUUCAAUUUAACCUGAGAAAGUGUGAAACAAUGAGCAAUUGGGCGUCGGCAGAAUUGCGAGAAGAUCAGUUGCAAUAUGCUGCAAUGGAUAGUAUAGUGCUUCACUAUUUAAACAUUGGAGCACCGCUGAAUUGGACAUUUGAUCUGCCACGCCCAAUUGGCAUACACUUACUCCCUCACUCAUCCAUCACACUCCUCACAACUCCGUCCACAACAGCUCACCACAACUCUGAGAGCAUACACUUACUCCCUCACUCAUCCAUCACACUCCUCACAACUCCGUCCACAACAGCUCACCACAACUCUGAGAGCAUACACUUUCUCCCUCACUCAUCCAUCACACUCCUCACAACUCCGUCCACAACAGCUCACCACAACUCUGAGAAAAACUUGUACAACGGAAAAAAUGUGUAUGAAUCCACUGAAGUACGGGAAAUUGCACCAGAUUCUUAUCACACAGCUGUAAUCCAAAUACGACUUUCUGGAGUGCAAUGCAGUUGCGAUGUUCUCGAUUUCAAUCGAUCGCGGAUUUUGGUUUGGAUUGUUUUGGCCUCAGUCACUGGAAAAGGAUUGGCCUGA